AUAAUCGAUUUUAGCUGUCUCUGCAUAAUUCCGAAGGAUUCGUGUGUGGUGCGAGUAUUCUUUCCAGAAAUUGGGCUAUCACUGCUCUUCACUGUUUGUGAGCUUCAUUUAUUAAACAAACUAACAGUCCAAAAGAAGUAUCAAGGAAUUGACAAUUAUUUAUUUAGACUUUCAGAAAGAACGUCGAAUUAUUUCGUACGAGCUGGGUCGAACAAACCUUACGAAGGAGGAUCAUUGCACAGAGUGAUAAAAAUACACGUGUAUGAUAAUGCAAAAUAUUCAUAUUUAUUAUCAGGUGUGUUCUAUCACGACGUAGCUCUUUUCCAAGUGAAACCUCGUUUUCGUUUUUCAAAUACCGUCCAAGCAAUUAGACUUCCUCAUCAAUUUAAUAGAUCUCCUCGAAAAUUGUAUGUCUGUGGUUGGGGUUACACCUCUUUACAAAAUAACGCAAUUUUUGGAAAUUUCUUCCAGCCAAGGAUCAGUGAUGUUCUGAUGGGUGUAUUCGUUUCCCGCACACCACACGAAAUUUGCAUUAACGAGACUCCAGAAUAUGAAGCAAUAAUUAACAAAGAAUAUCAUCUUUGUUACGGUACACGAGGAAAGGACUCUUGCUAUGGGGACUCGGGAGGACCAUUGGCAAGUAGAAAUAUCCUUUAUGGUGUUGUGUCUUUUGGUCAAGAUUGCGCUGUAGUGUCAGGAGUUUAUGAAAACGUGUCUUAUUAUCGAAACUGGAUCAAGGAAAUCACAAACCUGUGAAUUAAUUAGAAAUUUAAAAUGUAUAUUAAUUAGUAAAAUA